GGGGAAGAAUAGCAAUGCGUCUCGUUCAGGCUUAUCUAUCGGUAUCACACACUCCGAAGUGGAUUCAAUGCAUGCGUUGCUUCUUCUAUCAGACUCUGCGCUUCCUCUCGGCUCAUUUGCCUACUCCAGUGGGCUUGAAUCGUAUCUCGCUCACAACAAACCUCUGCCACGUUCGACGACCGUGAUAGCUUCGUUCCAACGCUUUCUCGAGCUUUCCAUUGCAUCAAUCGCGAGCACAUCUAUACCGUACCUUUUAGCUGCCUACCGGGAUCCGGAAUCACUAGUAACGCUUGACAAUGAUCUGGAUGCGUCGACACCGUGUGUGGUUGCACAAAGAGCGAGUGUUGCCCAGGGAAGGGCCCUGCUAGGUGUCUGGGAAAGGGCAUUCCGUGAAACAUAUAAGAAUCAACCGGACUGGGCCCCUGAAAGUAGUCGUCGAGCAAUCGAUGUUAUCGGGCGCUUUUCGGACGAUUUGAAGAGCAGUGUUGGCGGGCCCGAUGACCUGGGACCAAAGGGGCAUUUUGCUCCAAUAUGGGGAGUUGUAUGCCUAGCCAUGGGCGUAGAGCUUCAACAAGCAACAUAUAUCUUUAUGCUGAACCACGCAAAGGCUGUUCUUAGCGCAGCUGUGCGCGCGUCGGUGAUGGGUCCUUAUCAGGCGCAAAGUGUACUCGCAAGUAAGACUUUGCAAGAUAUGAUCACGAAACGAAUAGAGCAUGAAUGGGAGACAGAUACAGCAGAUGCUGGUCAACUGGUGCCGGCUUUGGAUCUCUGGGUGGGAAGGCACGAGCUUCUUUAUAGCAGGAUAUUCAACUCGUGA